AUGGUCACGUUGGUAAACGUAUUGUCAUUUGUGAACUUCGGAGGUGGUACAGAAUACAAGUGUGAACUCUAAUGGCGGUCGUCAUAGAGUCGGCUGCCGUUCAAUUAUCUUCGACUCUCAAUAGUUUGCCUAAAAUCCUGCCUUUUGCCUGAGGAAUAUGGUAGGAAGAAAGAAAAACACCACUGGGGCAACUGAGAAGAAAAUAGAUGUUAAUCUGGCAUGCGUGGAGGAGUUAACUUCGCUUGAUAGGAUCGGUCCGAGAAGAGCAGAGAGUAUAGUGGAGGCUCGGAAGCGUUUAGGAGGAUUCACUUGUGUCGAUGAUUUGUGUAAAGUUAACGGCAUCACUACUGAAUGGCUUGAAUCGAACAAAUCCAGUCUAGGUUGUGUACCUUACGGUGUGAAGUCUCCACGGCGACCCAGACAAUCUACGGUGAACAACAGUAACGAAGUAAGUGAUGCUAAAGAAGAACAUCAGUGUAUAGAGACUUCCUCUUCUUCUCUUUUCACUACUUCGUCUUUUACUUGUGCAUCUGUACUUAAUACAAGUUCUUCGAAUAAUACUUGUUUUAGUUCUCCAUCUACAUCGUCACUAUCAUCUACUUGUACUAUUACUACUACCUCUCCACCGGCGACAACUACUAUUCCAACAUCAUACGCCAUCAAUUUUAAAUGGGACCCUUCUACAAGCAAGAAUAGGUCCUCCUCCACCUCAAGUGGCCUUCGUGUAAAUCGUUCAAGUGAGAAUCUGUGUAAUUUGGAAUGUUCUGAAGGUGCUAGUAGUGUAACCAGUACUGCGACCAGUUCUACCUCUGACCAAGACCGGCAGAUUUUGGUGGUCAAUGAAGACGCUUCUCAAAAUCCUCCUGCUGCUGAAGAUAUAAUGACUGUCCAAGUAUCCCAGAAGGUAACAACUAAUGAUAUUAUUCAAGCCGAUUCGGAUAAUUGGACUAACAAUAACCCCCCUGAUAAAUCCGAAGCCUGUACUGCAUCAGCUAACGAGUUGGGCAAAGGAGAAGGUGGGGAAUGUGAAACUAAUGAUGGUCAGAGCAAUGAUCGGAAUGGCACAGGAGGAAGUUUAGAGAACAGUUGCAGCGAUGGUAAUUCUGGACUAGGGUCGUCAUUGGUCUCCUCUAUUAGUCCACACCAAAGUUUAUUUUCUAGCCAUCCACUGAAAUCUCGUAUUCCAGUGCCUAUUCAUCAACACAAGGAUAAAUAUAUAAUGAAAAGAAAGCAAGACAUUGGUUGGCAAGAAGAGGAAGAAACAACACCAGGAAAAAAAUUCUGUCGUUCUUCAGCAGAACUCUUUAAUUCUGAUACUUUGCGCUCUCAUAACCUGUCAACUUUAAAUAUGGGUUUUACUAGAAAAAAAAUUCCAUCAAAAAGCAACCCCCCUCCAGAACUUGCUCAAUGGUUACAGACAUUCCAGUCCUGGAGUAACCCUGAGCGAUGCUUAGCUUUAGAUGAGAUGAUAGAACUUUGUGAACCCACCCAGGUCAGACAUAUCAUGCAGGUUAUUGAGCCUCAGUUCCAAAGGGAUUUCAUUUCAUUGCUUCCAAAGGAAUUGGCAUUGUAUGUUCUAUCCUAUCUUGGACCAAAGGAUCUUCUCCGUGCAGCGCAGACUUGUCGUUACUGGCGUGUUCUUACCGAGGAUAAUUUACUUUGGCGGGAAAAAUGUAACGAAGAAGGAAUUGAUGAAUCUUUAGUAUUUGGAUAUAGUGUAAGACGACGAUCUCAAGGUAUGUUGAGAAGUCCCUGGAAAACUCUUUACAUGCGACAACAUCAGAUCGAACAGUAUUGGAGAUGUGGUAAAAUUCGUCCACCAAAACUCCUCAAAGGUCAUGAGGAUCAUGUGAUAACCUGUUUAGAAUUUUGUGGUAGCAGAAUUGUGAGUGGGUCUGAUGAUAACACACUAAAAGUUUGGUCAUCAUUGACUGGGAAAUGUUUACGAACACUUAUUGGUCAUACUGGUGGUGUGUGGGCAUCACAGAUGGCUGACAAUAUCAUUAUUAGUGGAUCUACAGACCGAACACUCAAAGUUUGGAAUGCAGAAACUGGCCAGUGCAUUCAUACUUUAUAUGGUCACACAUCAACAGUGCGUUGUAUGCACUUGCAUGGGAAUAAAGUUGUGAGUGGUUCGAGAGAUGCUACACUUCGAGUUUGGGACAUUGAUACUGGUCAGUGCCUGCAUGUUUUGAUGGGGCAUGUUGCAGCAGUUCGUUGUGUUCAAUAUGAUGGGCGACGGGUGGUCAGUGGAGCCUAUGACUACACGGUUAAAGUGUGGGAUCCAGAGACUGAAGCCUGUCUCCACUCUCUGCAAGGACACACUAACAGGGUGUACUCACUACAGUUUGAUGGUACACACAUAGUUAGUGGCUCUUUGGAUACGUCAAUCCGUGUCUGGGAUGUUGAGACAGGCACCUGCCUACAUACGCUCAUUGGUCACCAGUCGCUGACUAGUGGUAUGGAACUGAAAGAGAAUAUACUUGUUUCGGGCAAUGCUGAUUCCACUGUUAAAGUUUGGGACAUUCGCACUGGUCGUUGCCUUCAGACACUGCAGGGUCCGAACAGACACCAGAGUGCUGUCACAUGCUUGCAGUUUAACAAGAAAUUUGUGAUAACUUCAUCAGAUGAUGGAACUGUAAAAAUCUGGGACUUAAAGACUGGUGAGUUUCUACGGAAUUUAGUGACACUAGAAAGUGGUGGAAGUGGUGGAGUUGUAUGGCGGGUACGCUGCACCAACACCAAACUUAUAUGUGCUGUUGGCAGUCGGAAUGGUACAGAAGAAACAAAAUUAAUGGUAUUAGAUUUUGAUGUUGAUGAUCGGAAGCAACCUGUCUAAAAAUAUAAUAUAUAUCUAUAUAUAACAUUAAAUUAUAUAUAUAUAUGUAUAUGUAACAUUAUAUAUAUAUGUAUAUAUAACACAUAUAUAUGUAUGUAUAUAUAUAUAGAAUGUAUAUACACACACAUACCUGCUCUUAUAUAUACAUAGGGAUACAUGCAUACAUCUAUAUAAACAGGUGUAUGAUUUUAUAUAUAUAUAUAUAUAUAUAUAUAUAUAUAAAGUGUGUGUGUGUGCACAUUGAUGUUUACAUAAAUGUAAUGUAUGCACAUAUAUGUAUACUUGCAUAUAUAUAAUAGAGAUAUAGACAUACAUACAUGUGUGUAUAUAUAUAUACACACAUACAUACACGUGUAUGUAUAUACACACACGUAUGUAUAUAAAUAUAUAUAUAUAUAUACACACGUGUAUGUAUAUGUGUCUAUAUGUAUAUAUAUGCAUGAAUACAUGUGUACAAGCAUAUAUAAACAUGUAUGUAUGUACAUGCUCACAUUUUGUGUGUAUAUGUAUACAUGUGCAUAUGUAAAUACAUAAAUGUACACAUAUAUAUGUGCAUAUAUAUAUAUACACACACCCAUGCAUACAUUCUUUAAGCAAAAUACUAGAGUCAAAUGCAACAUCUAUUCUUUCUAUCUUUCCUUAAUUCCAAAACAUUCUGCUUUUUUUUUUUUUUGAAAACUUUCUUCUACAUAUUUUCUUGUCUUUUCUUUCUAUUUAUUUAUUGAUUAAUUUUUUUUUCUUUUGUUGAGGAAAU